GAAAGGAUUGUUUGAGAGGGAAGAUUGACUGGAAGUCGUGAACGCGGAAAUGGCGUAAUAAAGUCCAUUGACUUACAGAGCUCUCCCAUGGAAAUGAAAGCGAACCCUAACCCUAACCCUAACCCGACACCAUCCAUCCAAUUUGCCUUUAAUCCCUCUCCUUUUUUCCAUUCCCUCUUCUUCCUCGAAAUUUCCCUCAACCUUCGCAAUCAUCCACUCCACUGUUUCCGUAUUCUUCUGAAUUCUCCUCUCCUUUUACAGGCCUUCUUUCGCUAAUUCAAUUGCUCAAUCGACGCCAUGCCCUGCACUUUGGGCUGCAAUCGAACCGGUGGUUGGAAAAAUGUUUGCCAUACAGUUUGUUUUCGUUACCAUAAGUGCUCCACUCUCUGUGUUCGGAUUCCCAAUUCGACUUUUGAAGCUUUAGCUCGGCCAUGGACACCGGCGCCGGCACGUCCACUUCCACGCCCACCCCCGCCUUUGCCUCCGACGUCUGCCCACCAUCCCUCAAGAACUCUGCUUCUCCUCAGUUUGAUAGCCACCGCAGCUCUAAUCGGCGCCAUCUUUAUGGUUUGUCUUCUUGUCAAGAAAUUGAGGCAGUAUCAUCGCUCGAGACCAAACGGGCAGGCUUUGUUCGCUGUUCAACGGCAGAAUCUGCCCGAUGAUGAUGAUGAAGAAGAAGGACCAGUCCUCGACCACCACGUCUGGUACAUCCACACGGUCGGUCUCCAGCAAUCGGUGAUCGAUUCAAUCACCAUGUUCAAGUACAGGAAGGAGGAGAAAUUAACCGACGGAGCAGAUUGCUCCAUCUGCCUCGGCGAAUUUCAAGAAGACGAGAGCCUCCGGUUGUUGCCCAAAUGCAGCCACGCCUUCCAUCUCCCCUGCAUCGACACGUGGCUGAGAUCGCACAAGAAUUGCCCCCUCUGCCGCGCUCCGGUAGUUUCGAAUUCCGCUGCCCCUAAUUUGACUACGAUUGAACCCAUUUCGAAUUCGAACCAGCCGCCGCCGAUGGAAGACACCCGAACGGGAAUGGAGGAAGAAAACAGAGGAGAUGAAACUAGCGGAGAAGGGACUAGCAAUAGUAGAAGAGAAUCCGAGAUUCCCAUCAAAGGGCUGUCUCGGACAUUAAGCGAUUUGACUGAGAAUCAAAAUCACGAGGCUGUGGAGAACGAAGGACAAGGCCUGAGAAGAUCGGUUUCUAUGAAUUCAGUUUCAGCGUUGGCGAUUUAUCAGGCGACGGCCAACAUUCAAGUUCGAGAUGAAGGGUCUUCAAGUGGGAACUCUGUUUCGAGGAAUGUGGCAUUUCCAAAGCGGGGAAUUGGAAAUCAGAGCUUGUAUAACCUGGUGAAGACCAUUUCAUUUGGGCGCUGUGUUCAAAAGGGGGCGAUUUCAAUGAAAAGAUUGAGUUCGGGUAGCAGGAAAUUGCAGUGGCCGUCAAGGCAUUUCAGAAGCCAGAGCUCGGUCCUUCCGAUGUGAAAAUGAAGAAACACAUUUCAAAAUCAAGACAAGACAAGAGCUUUUAAUAGAAGUAAAAAUGAAUUUUUGGGUACACUGCAGUCGACUACAGGUAGACGUGAGGUGCUUGCAAGUUUGGAGUUCAAUUCUCUGCAACAUCUUUGUUUACAUUUCAAUAUAAAAGGUACAACAGUAUAUAUAUAAAUAAUACACAACUUUUUAUUAUGCGUACUGCCGUUGUUCUUUUGGUUUGGUUUCGGGCUCCUCCUUUGCGAGACCUAUAUGGAAACAUUUUGGCAGCUUCCUCUAUUUUUCUCCUCCGCCGCUGCUGGCUGAAAUAAGAGCAAUUCUCAAAGGCCUUCGCUUAGCAAGUUCCAUGCGCUGCUCCCAUCUUCAGGUCGAAUCAGAUUCAAAGCUAGCAAUCCAGAUUAUCAAGGGAAAUCUUCUAACUUUGGAGAUGAGUUGAAUUUUUGGCUGCUUGAUGUGUGAAAUCUGGACUUAAUUUUUCCAACCAUUUCGUUCUCCCAUAUCCCUGGGGCUUGCAACUAGCCUGCUCAUAUGUUAUCAAAAUUUAGUGUCCAAAAUUCAGCCACGGUCUUAUGGUCUUUUGAUUAUCCUUUGUCUUUUGAAUGUUAUCAAUGGAGUCUUUUCUUCGAA